AGGAGAAGGAGAAGAGAAGGGGCCACGCUUGCUGCAUCAUUCUGCAACUCAGGUCCGAGGAGCAAGCAUGUUGGGCUUGUUGCAAUCAAUCAUGGGAAAGCGUGACACCUGCAAGACCCGGAAAUAUCUCUUUCUCUGAGGCUGACAACUUUGCGUCCCAUUCACACUGGAUCUGUGACCUGUCAUCACUUCUCCCAGAGAGUGUGCGUCUGAACACAACACAAAGAGGCUUCAGAGAAUCCCGAGCGCCGCCACCGCCGCUUCUCUGCGCUCUACACAACUGUUACUACGAGUUUGAGUGAUGGGAUCACCGGUUACUCUGUCGUCCUUGCGCCUGAUUUUGGUCUUGACGGCUCACGUAUGGACUCUUAACCCCGAUGACCCCAACGUCUGCAGCCACUGGGAAAGCUACGCCGUCACUGUUCAGGAGUCUUACGCUCACCCGUUUGACCAGAUCUACUACACCAGGUGCACGGAUAUUCUAAAUUGGUUCAAGUGCACAAGGCACAGGAUCAGCUAUAAGACGGCGUACCGGCGCGGCGUGAGGACCAUGUAUAGGCGCCGCUCACAAUGUUGCCCUGGUUACUUUGAGAGUGGAGACUUGUGUGUUCCUCUAUGCACAGAAGAGUGUGUCCACGGCCGCUGUGUGUCUCCUGACACCUGCCAGUGCGAGCCAGGUUGGGGCGGACUGGACUGCUCCAGCGGUUGCGAGAGUGACUUUUGGGGACCUCAUUGCAGCAAUCGUUGCCAGUGCCAAAACGGGGCAAAGUGCAACCCUAUCACAGGGGCGUGCGUCUGCACCGACGGCUACCAAGGAUGGCGCUGCGAGGAGCUCUGUGAGCCGGGUUACUACGGGAAGGCUUGCCAACUGCCAUGCCAGUGUCUGAAUGGAGCCACCUGCGACCACGAAACCGGAGAGUGCAUCUGCGCAGCGGGCUACGCCGGCGCCUUCUGUGGCCAACGCUGCCCGUAUGGAAGUCACGGACCACAAUGUGAGCAAGGCUGCCCUUGUCAGAAUGGAGGCACGUGCCACCACAUCACUGGGGAUUGUUCCUGCCGUGCAGGCUGGACGGGUUCCGUUUGUGGCCAACCGUGUCCUCUUGGAAAAUACGGCACCAACUGUAGUAAAGACUGUUCCUGCCGCAACGGCGGCCUUUGUGACCACAUCACAGGCCAGUGUCAAUGUGUGGCUGGCUUCAGCGGUCGCAGGUGCCAGGAUGACUGUCCUGUGGGUACCUACGGCCCGCAAUGUCACCAAAAGUGCGAGUGCCACAAUGGCGCCAAGUGCCACCACAUCAACGGCGCCUGUCUGUGUGAAACUGGUUUUAAAGGACCCAAUUGCCAGGAGAGAUUUUGUCCCCAGGGCCUUUAUGGCCUCAUCUGUGACAAGUACUGCCCCUGUAAUGCAACCAACACUGCCAGCUGCCACCCACUUUCUGGAGAGUGCGCCUGCACUGCGGGUUGGACAGGGAUUUACUGUAAUGAGACUUGCCCGGCUGGCUACUACGGGGAAGGAUGCAUGUCGCCGUGUAGCUGCACCAACGGAGCUGACUGCCACCCCAUGACUGGCACCUGCAUGUGUGCGCCGGGUUUUAUGGGUGAAGACUGCGCCACCGAGUGUCCUCUGGGUUUGUUUGGACCGAGCUGCAUGUCCACCUGCUCCUGCCAUAAUCACGCUUCCUGCUCGCCUGUGGACGGAUCCUGCACGUGUAGGGAAGGCUGGCAAGGGAUGGACUGCUCCAUCCUGUGCCCCAGUGGUCUUUGGGGUCUCGGCUGUAAUCAGUCUUGCUUGUGCGCCAACGGUGCCGCUUGUGACCCGGUGGACGGUACCUGUACAUGUUCUCCGGGCUGGCGGGGUGAGCACUGCAAGGAGCCCUGCCCUGAUGGCACAUUUGGGCUGGAGUGCAGGGAGCGCUGUGACUGCAGUCAUGCGGACAGCUGCGACCCAGUAAGCGGCUACUGCCUCUGCCACCCAGGCUGGACAGGAAUCCACUGUGACAACGUGUGCCCGCAAGGCUACUGGGGCAGCAACUGUUCGCUUAGCUGCCCGUGUCAGAACGGAGGCUCCUGCUCUCCGGAAGAUGGAACGUGCGUGUGCGCACCUGGAUUCCGAGGGACUUCCUGUAAACGAACAUGCUCUCCGGGCUUCUACGGGCACCGCUGCAGCCAAUCGUGCCCGCGCUGUGUUCACAGCACGGGGCCGUGCCAUCACGUAACCGGCCACUGCGAGUGUCUGUCCGGCUACUCGGGUCCUUUGUGCAGCCAAGUUUGUCCCAGUGGCAGAUAUGGAAGGGCCUGUGGCGAAAUUUGCCGUUGCACCAACAACGGCACCUGUAACCCCAUUGAUGGCUCCUGCCAGUGCUUCCCUGGAUGGAUCGGGCAAGACUGCUCCCAGGCCUGUCCCUCGGACCGCUGGGGCCCGGAUUGUCUCAACUCGUGUAACUGUCACAACGGAGCUCAAUGCAGCGCCUAUGACGGAGAAUGUCGAUGCGGAUCCGGCUGGACCGGGCUCUACUGCACGCAGCGCUGUCCCUCGGGCUUCUACGGCCGGGAUUGCUCCGAAGUGUGUCGCUGCCAGAACGGCGCCGAGUGCGACCACAUCACGGGCCUGUGUGUUUGUCGAACGGGAUUCAUCGGGACGAGUUGCGAGCAGAAGUGUCAUUCGGGUACAUUUGGAUACGGCUGUCAGCAGCUGUGCGAGUGUCUGAACAAUGCUACCUGUGACUACGUGACCGGGACAUGCUACUGCAGCCUGGGAUACAAAGGAAUCCGCUGUGAUCAAGCGUCUCUCAUGAUGGAGGAGCUGAACCCCUACACCAAGAUUAGCCCGGCCCGCGGCUCGGAGCGCCAGUCCGCAGGCGCAGUCAUGGGCAUCAUCUUCCUCCUCCUCAUCAUCAUGGCCAUGCUCAGCCUGUUUGUGUGGUACCGACAGAGACAGCGGGAGAAAGGACACGAAAUCCAGCCCAGUGUGUCGUACACGCAAGCCAUGCAGAUGACCAACGCUGACUAUUCGCUCUCUGAGUGUGGAAGCACGGUGGCCAUAAAAAGCAGCGCAGCUGAGGUCGUUCCCAAUCCAAGCGGUAGCGGUAGCGGGAGCCAAUGCUUCGCCAACCCCAGCUACCACACGGUGGCCCAGUGCAACGUCGUCUCAACCAUCUCCAGCAACCUGGAUGCCACUCUGACCCUCAAAUCCAGCACUCUAAAAAGCCGAAACAGUUCCGACUGGAGAGCCUACUGCAACCUCAACGAUCUGGCAGAUGUUCAACAGGGGGAGACGCCGGCUCCGAGAGGCUCCAGAAAGGAUUACGUCAAGGGUUCCAUGUGCAACAACAGUUCCUGCUCCUUGAACACCGAGAACCCCUACGCCACAAUCCGAGACCCGCCUGGACUGGCGUGCAAGCACACAGAGAGCAGCUACGUGGAGAUGAAGUCCCCCUCCCACCGCGAAGUUCCCUUCGGGGGCACCGCCACCCUCCUGGGAAGCACCAGAGGGAACAUCUAUGAUGUUGCCAUGGCAGAGCCCACGGUGAGUGUUUUGCAAGGGCCCAACGGGAUGGCCACCGGCUUCUCCCAGAACCCGUAUGAGCUCUCCCGCGGCGGCCACAUCCCGCCCCACUAUGACAUUCUACCUAUGCGCCACAGCCCCACGCACACACCCUCGCCGUCACACCAGGAGAGCCCCAGCUCCCUCCUCUAGAGAACCCAACGCUGGAAAGAGUCCGUCAAUUUUCAUACCGCCACUUUAUGUGGUCAACAAGGACAUGACAGCCACAGCUCUUUUGGACCCGAAAGGAAAGCCCGCACACCAGCAAUCAUUCACCUAUUUUAUUUUCCUUUCCCAGAUCCCCCAAUCUGCUUCUAGGGUCUUUAUGGACGCUCUGGAGCAGAAGGUGAAUCUCCCACAGGGAGAUAAGGCUGCCAUGCUUGGAUUGAAAGGAUAAGUUAUUUACAGGGACAGAGCCAUCCUUCACUUUAGUUUAUAGAACGGCCAAAUGGGGUUGACGUGAGUAACGCUUGUGCCUCCGCCAGUUAGGAUUUAUCAUGUGCAGCAGGGGUGGGAAAGCUUUUGUGCUCAAGGGCCACAUUUACUUUUAAAAAUGGCUGGCUAAAGAAGAAUGUUUUAAAGGAGGGGGGGGGUUGCAAUUUUCAAAAAAUAAAUACUUUCUAUCAUAUUUAACAAAAAUGUCAGUUUGACUUGAUAAUGUGGAGAAAAAAACAGCUGACUCCGCCCCCAUUUUUUGCCUGUAAUUUGAUGAC